CCUCCGUCCUCGGUGAACUCCAGGUGGAAUGAGAUAACUUCCACGGUGGCACGGAGCGUGAAAGACGCCUGAUUCUCUGCGCGGACAGCAGCGGCGGAGGGUUCACGCUCGCUGCUUCAGGACAGCACAGCGGGGUUAAACUCAGUAGAUGCCACGGCGGAGUCCGAUGGAUGUUUUCUACCCGCCGUUGUGCGUCAGCGCUGCUCCUCCUCAAGACUUUCCACCGACUUGGUGACAGCUCGUGGACUCUCUCCCUGAAGUGCUCAGAGACUGAAACCUCUCCAUCGAUGAUGUUCUCCCUGGAGAACUCCACUCAGCAGCAGCUCUGGAUGAACAGCUCAGAGCUCAACGUCUCCCAGGACAGUCAGGACGAGGAAGAGGACCCGGGCGAGCAGCACCCCUUCCUCACCGACGCCUGGCUGGUGCCCCUCUUCUUCUUCCUCAUCAUGCUGGUGGGACUGGUGGGCAACUCUCUGGUCAUCUACGUCAUCUCCAAACACAGGCAGAUGAGGACGGCCACCAACUUCUACAUCGCGAACCUCGCCGCCACGGACAUCAUCUUCCUUGUUUGCUGCGUCCCCUUCACCGCCACCCUCUACCCGCUGCCUGGAUGGAUCUUCGGCAACUUCAUGUGCAAAUUUGUGGCCUUUCUACAGCAGGUGACGGUGCAAGCCACGUGCAUCACGCUGACGGCCAUGAGCGGGGAUCGCUGCUACGUCACGGUCUACCCUCUGAAGUCGCUUCGGCAUCGCACCCCCAAAGUGGCUAUGAUGGUCAGCGUCUGCAUCUGGAUCGGCUCCUUCAUCCUCUCCAGCCCCAUCCUGAUGUACCAGCGCAUCGAGGAGGGCUACUGGUACGGCCCGCGGCAGUACUGCGUGGAGAGGUUCCCGUCCAAGACGCAGGAGCGAGCCUUCAUCCUCUACCAGUUCAUCGCCGCGUACCUGCUGCCGGUGCUCACCAUCACCUUCUGCUACACUCUCAUGGUCAAGCGAGUGGGUCAGCCCACUGUGGAGCCUGUGGACCACAACUACCAGGUGAACCUCCUCUCCGAGCGAACCAUCAGCAUCAGGAGAAAAGUCUCCAGGAUGGUGGUGGUCAUCGUCCUGCUCUUCGCCCUCUGCUGGGGUCCCAUUCAGAUCUUCGCCCUGUUUCAGUCCUUCUACCCCGACUUCCGGCCCAACUACGCCACCUACAAGAUCAAGACCUGGGCCAACUGCAUGUCCUACGCCAACUCCUCCGUCAACCCCGUCGUUUACGGCUUCAUGGGAGCCAGUUUCCAGAAGUCCUUCAGGAAGACCUUCCCUUUCCUCUUCAAGCACAAGGUCCGCGACAGCAGCAUGGCUUCGCGGACGGCCAACGCCGAGAUCAAGUUCGUGGCAGCAGAGGAAGGGAACAACAACAACAUCAACAACAACACAGAGGGGAAUUAAAGCUUCCACGGAGAAUCUGUGUGCCAGACACGUUUGUUCAUGUUCAUGUGCCGCCAUGAUGAAAUGGGUCGCGCAGGGGAACAGACUCCUCAUACAGAUGAAGCACCUGCGCCACCGCCGCCGCCGGCCUCCACUCGCCACUCGCCACUCGCUCAAGAUCACCGCGCCCAGUUGGUGUGGCGAUUGUUUACGUGUUGCUGUUUCGUCCCUGCUGCUUUCAGACUGUUGUGCUUGUCUUUACCUGCUGCACCAGCUCACCGCGCAGCCUUCUGCAGAC